AUGCGCGAGAGUAGUAAUGAUGCUAAUAAUAACAACACAGGAGGAUCAGGAUCAGGAAAUGGAGGAUUAACGUUCGCGUUCCUCUCCUUGGGAACCAUUUCCGUUUCCAUUUUACUCUCCGGAGUGGCGAUGCAUUCGUCCAUGUCGAGUACGAGUUCGUCGAGUUCUUCGUCUCUGGCGAAAGGCAUUUUCAUCGGGUCCACGUCCACGAUUACGUUAUUCGCGUCUGGCGUGUAUUUUGCGUGUAAGUUUAUCUCCUCGGGAGGAGGGACGAGUAGGAGUACGACAUCAACAUCCGCGGAAUGUAUCGAAGGGGAAUUCGUUGAGAAGGAGAGUUUAAUUGGAAUGAAUGUGAGAAAAGAGGAAAUGCGCGGGUGGUUGAUUUUCUGCAAAGGGUCUAACAUGGUGAAAGCGAAUAAGAUGUCCAAAGAAAAAGGAUUCGCUGGGAAAACGACGUCGAAGAAGUCGUCUUUGAGUUUGACGACUUUGAUGAGCGGAAGCAAUACGGAGAGGUAUUACGUGACUUUGGACGUGAAAGCGGCGAGGAUGAAGUUGGAAGCGAACAGAGGAGGAGGAGGAGGAAGCGACGGCGGGGCGAGCGUGACGACGGCGGCGGAGAGUACUACUACUACGACGACUUCUUUUUCUUCAUCAUCUUUGGAGACAGAGUAUGUGGACAAAGAGGAAAAGUUUAUCGAUUUGAAGCAGUGCGACGUGUAUUUGGUAGAGUAUCCGGAAGGGAAUAAGACGGAGUUGAUGUGGAACCAUAAGCGGGCGAUCGUGAUUGCGAGGAGGAGCGAUGCUUCUUCUUCUUCUUCUUCUUCGCUGUACGAAGGCGAGAAGGUGGUUUGGUUAUACGCUUUGAGCGGACCGAGUAAAGAGGCGUGGUUUUACGCGCUGUGGAGGGCGUUGGAUAUGGACUCGAUGAGAAGAGGUUUAACGUCGACGACUGCCACGAAUACGAAUAAUAAACAAAAGUUCCCAGAAGAGGCGAAAUCGAGAAUCGCGCAGUACUUGCUCGAAAACGCGCGAUUCGAAAAGAAGAUUAGCAGAAGUAGUAGUAAUAGCAGCGAACAACAACAACAACAACAACAACAACAACAAGAGAAGAAGGAUGAGAAAGCCAAAGCGCAAAAGAAACAAGACGCGUUUUUCGAACACAUCUUCGACGACAAACGGUGCGGACAAACCGUGAAUAUCAUCUCUUCCCGCAUCUUUUUCGAUUUAGUGCGCUCGAUUGAUUUUAAAAACGUUCUCUCGAAUUUGUUGGAGAAGAAAUUGAACGAACUUCCCGGUUUACCGAAAUACGUCGGCAAGUUUGACGUGGAAAAGUUAUCGUUAGGAGAAGCGACGCCGAAGUGUAACAUGUUACGGCCGGUAGAUGGAAGCGAUGGUUCAAACGCACCUUGGGACGGCGGAUCGUUACCAGGUCGAGGCGUUUGCGCCGCGGUGGAAGCGGAUUUGAGUUACGUCGGCCUUAUUGAAGUGACGAUUCGAACGAGAGUGGAUUUAGCGCAGUACGCGAAGGAAAUCGGGAACUUAGUGGAAGGCGGGGAUGCAGCGGGAGUGGAGGAAAACGACGAAGACGCUGCCGGAAAAACGAACGACAGCGUCACAAGCAAAAGCGGCUCGAGAACGCCGACGCCUCCGCUCUCGCCCACAAACUCUGGCAGAAUCCCACCGCUCAACAAAACGAAAGAAGAAGUCACUCAAAACGUGCUCAAAGAGAUGAAGAAAGUCGUCGAAAACGUCAACGACCGCGUGUUGCAAAAGUUUCCGCUAAAAAUGACUUUGAGAGUGUCAAGCUGUUCCGGCAUGUUUCGAUUUUGGAUCCCUCCACCCCCGAACGAACGCUUGUGGUGGGGAUUGAAAGGUCGCCCGAGAGUCGAUAUCUUUUGCGAGCCGGCGAUUGGAGAGAACAAAAUCGCGCACGAGUUUAUCGCGAAAAAAGUCUCGCAUUUGCUGUCCAGCAAGUUAGUCUCGGACAUUUGCGACGAGCUGGUGUUGCCGAACUGCGCGAGCGACCCGAUGAAAGAGUUGAUACGGUUCGAGCACUUCGUACCGGAAAUUGCGUUCGAAGACGCGAUACAGUUGAGCGAAGGCAACGGUGCAUUUUUAGUAACGAACGCAGCGUCGUCGGAGGACGUCUCUUCGACGACGUACUUGCGAGGCGAAAAGAAAGGAGACGAACACAUCGUGCUUUCAAAAUCGGGCUCUGAAAACGCGUUCAGCGCGCAACUGUUACCGAAUGCGCCGAAAGAAGAAGAAAAAGUAGAAGAUCAUCAACAACAACAAGUACAAGAGAAGCAAGAAAAACAACAGCGCAAAAGUGUCAGUUUAAAACGCGAAAACAGCACGAAGAGACAGGAGGAAAAGAACGCCUUGGACGCCACGGCGGAGUGGUUGCUCUCGGAUUCGCAUUUCGACUCGCCGCCAACCUCCGCCGCGAAAGCCCCUCCCUCUUCCUCCUCGCAACCGCUCUCUCCGAAAUCUCCAACCGGCGGCAAUAACAACAUGAUUGGUUUCGGAAACAAGCGCGAAGACGUCCUCCGAGCCAAAGGCGGCGGCGGCGCGUCCUCUUUUUCCUCCGCGCGUCCGACCAGCCCGGAUCAUCAGAAUCACCAAAACAACCUCUUCGCGUCUCUCUCGCGUUCGAUUAAACAAAAAGCAGAGGAAAAUUUAUCCAAAAUGAAAUCGGAUUUUCAAGAGGUGCAAAAAGGACUCCAAAACGGCGGCGUGGAAGGCGCGGUGCAAAACAUCAAACAAAUCGCGAUGAAACGAGCGAAAGAAACGACGACCGCGACGACGACGACGGCUUCGACGCAUUCGUCUUCCUCUUCUUCUUCGCAGCAGCAGCGGCAGCGGUAA